UCUGAACAGUGAUAAAGGGAGUGUUCACUGUUCAUUCUUGUCUUAUCGUGUUUAGGCAUGAUCCGUUUAUUUGUAAAUUUUUUGUUUUUGGAAAUUUAAAAAGUCUUUUUAAUGAAUACGAAAGAAUGCUUGGUUGUAAACUGCAACGAAAGAUCUGGAAAUGAUUUUAAUAGCGUAAUAUUCUAUCGUUUACCUGAAGACGAUGAAGAACGGAAAAAAUGGCUUAUGAAGUGCGGAAGAGAAGUGACUUGUGAUGGUUCGCAAUCAGUUGUCUGUUCGAGGCACUUCACCAGCGAUGAUUUUGAGAUUUUAAAAGAUAAUUCUUCCGCUCUCUCUUUGAAAAAAGGUGUCGUACCACAUUUAAAUGUGUUGGAAGUAAAGCAAGAACCGCUUGAUUCUGAUGAAUAUGAAGGCCAACUGUCGCCUCCGACAACUAAUCCUUCGCUAAACACGGUGAUUAUUAAGAACGAAGUGGACGAUAGUUUUUUUGAAAAUUCGAUAGCCAAGGAAAAUCAGCCCGAUGAGACGUCAGAAGCAAUUCCAGUUGAGCUUAUUCAAGUGAAUUCAACUGUGCCUGUGACAAAUUCUGUGUCAUCUUCCAGUGCAGCUUAUGCACCUUCCUCCUUGCCUGCUAGUCAGAAUUGGUCUGGUUUGUAUGAUUUCACUGUUUCCUUUGGACCUCAGCAGAAGACAACUAAAGGAGUGUCAUGGACUUAUUCAAAGUUGAAAGAUAAACUUUAUGUUGGAAAAGAUGCUCCUUGCCCUAUCAACUUCUCUGCAAAAGUUGGCGAGACUGAUGGCAUCAUCAUACGUGCUACUGCUUUAUAUAGCUCACCUGAACAUGCAUCAGAAGUUGUCCAUCGUUGCGUAAAUCAUUCAAUGAUAGAAGCUUCUAAAGGUGUGUUUGAGGCAGAACAUUUGGUUCGCUGUGAAAGUCAAAGAGCUACUUAUGAACAAGACAAUACUACUAAACGCCAUAGUGUCAUUGUUCCAUUUGAAAAUCCUCCUGCUGGUCAACUAUAUUCCACCUAUCUUUAUAAGUUCACUUGCUUUGGAUCCUGUGCUGGUGGACCCAAUAGGAGGCCUCUAAUGCUCAUAUUCUCUCUUGAAAAGGGGGGUAAAGUGGUUGGUCGACGGAAAUUGGAUGUAAAAAUCUGUGCCUGUCCUGGUCGAGAUCGGAAAGCAGAGGAACAGCAACUCAUUGAAGGACAUCCUCAGCUUCCAUUAAAAAGAAAAGAACAAGAACUGACUAGCUUAGCAGAUACUCUUCAGUUUACAAAAAAUAUUUACUUACCUGCUACAAAGAAACUAAAGCCCAACAAGAAUAGCCCCUAUGUUCUUUCAGUUUCAGAUAAAGAGUGCUAUGAAUUUUUAAAGCAUAUGAAAAAGUUUUUUGAAAUGUGCAAGACAGUGAAUAAUUUACCUCCUUCCAUUAAAAAUGUACUGAUGAAUCCUGGUCGCUACAAAAGUAAUAAGAAAAAUGGAGCUGACAAUGAAGAAAGUGACAGUGAUCAAUGAACAUAUUUUUAGAGCUUUCUUGUUGUAUUGUAUUUAAAUCAAGAUGUAAUUGUUACUGUUUUUAUGGAAUGUAUCAUAAAUCAUCUUUUUACCUAUGCAAUGGCUCUUAUGUAUUUUGUAUAUUAUCUCACCAUUCUGUGCAAAAAUUAUUGCAAGACUCUGUACAGUUGUGGAAUACUUCUAAAUGCCUCAAAUCAUAGGUGUUAGUUAUUGACAUUGUUUAUUUUUGAUAUUAAUUAGAAGGGAAUUUGAAUUGAUUUUGUAAUUGUUAUACUUCUAUUAAAUGAAUGAAAUCAAUAAUCUUGUUAAUUUACUGUCAUGAAUCUCAUAGUCUCUAGUGGCUCAUUUUUUUUAUACUUAAAUGACUGAAAAUUCAUUUUGCAUCUAGGCAAGAAUGCCAUGCAUAUAUUUUAAGUAUUAAUAUUUACUUGACUUUGAUUAUAUGGGCUUUAGUGCUGGUACACUAAUUUGCCCUUUAAGGCAGAAAUUUUCUUAGCCAUUCUCUCAUUAACCUAUUACUAUUCAGAUUUUGUUUUUAACCCAUUUGUGUUUGAUAGCUCUAUAUAUACUCUGUAUGUUCUUUUGAUGAAUUAAUGACUAUGCAAAUUUCAUUGCAAUUUAUUUAAAUUAAUUUAUUUUUUUACCAUCUAAUGAUUCUUAAUUAUACAUUGUUAUUUAAGUCAUCAAAAUAAAGGAUUUUCCUAUUUUA